AUGUUCUCCAUCGCAGUUGCCCCUCAGAUCUCCGUGGCGACCGCCCUUAUUGACUUAGGGCACCUUGCGUUCCGGAGGCCUUUUGGUCCUGCUGAGAAUGCGGACUCGCAGGAGUUGCUUGACUGUAUUGCUCUCCAUGAGCCGGAUCUCAUGUCUGACGAUGACCGCGCCAGGUGGCGCCUCGAGCCGUCUGGUCAAUUCUCCACCAAAUCUCUCUAUCUGGCCAUCGCCCCCUCGCUCGGCCAUGAGGCCCUUUCCUCCAUUUGGGAGAUUCGCCUCCCCCUGAAAAUUAGGAUCUUCCUAUGGCAGUGGAUUCGCGGCCGCCUUCCUUCCGACGUUGAGUUUUUGAAGCGCAAUGGCCCUGGUGAUGGGCGUUGCCCGCUCUGUGGGCCUGAAGAAGAUUUGAACCAUAUCUUCUUCACCUACGUGUCUGCGCAGUUCCUUUGGAGCUGUUUCCGCGAGAUUGUGGGUGGAAGCUGGGUUCAUACCAACUUCCCCGCUCUCUUUGUCGAACUCCAGCUUUGGCGGCCGCUUAGCCGCCCCAGGGAGAGAGACGCCAUCACCUCCAUCAUCACACAGCUUCGCGCGAUGGCUCUCCGGAUGGCUCCACCGCUCCCACCUCCACCACCUGAGCCAGAUUAG